CGGAUAGAAACUUCCAUAAUUCUAUAGCUCAUAAUCAACCUAUGGAUUACCAGUUAUACCCGUUAAUCCCGUUUUCGAUGAGCUUUUAUUUGGUAUGUAAUUCAUUUUUAUAUCAUUUGUCGUUGGAGCUGUACCCCCCUAGCAAAAGGUUAUGCAUCACCCUGUAUAUAUCACAAGAUAAAUUUUGUAUUUUUAACUAAGACUAAAUGAUAAAGAUCUGUACGUCUUUUCAAUCAACAUCCCGCUCUCACAAACAAGGGCGAAACACCGUACUUUAUAUUUAUAUUCCACUACUUCGCGGAGUGAACUUCCACUCUGGUUCAUUCCGGAGUGGACGAAGUGACAAGUGCUAUAACUCUCUUCACUCGCACUUGUUGAUCAGCUUUCUUCUCGGGAAUAGUAUGCACAGCACUAAUGAAUGCUAACAAUCCAAGUUCUUGAAAGAAGCGAUAAUAAUAGCAGUUCCUGUAGUUCCUAUGCUGUGCAUAGUUUUUAAUGUUCCUAAUCCUACGAACAUUGAGAACUAUAGGAACAAUAAGAACAUUAGAAGCGUUAAAAACAUUACGAACUAUGGGAACAUUAGGAACAUUGGGAGCUAAAAAAUACUACAAAUGAAAAGAGAAUUUAAGAAAGCAAAGCCCGUCAAUUGGAAACAUCAAACUCAAUUCACUUCAGGGUCAUUCCGCUACUCAGGAUUACUCCACUACUCCGGUUAAAUUCCUCGGUGUGACGGAGUUAGCCGAGUACGGUGUUUCCCCUUUGGUUGUACAACUGCUAGAUUUACUAAUUUUGUUGAAAAAAAUUUAACAAAUAGUAGUUACUGUUUUCUGAUAUUUAGCAUUUCAUCUAAUAAACUGGUUUCACCGGUAUUUCUCCAUCGAAUAAGGUUAAGAAUAUAUCUCUGACAGUUCAUUGUUCGUUUAACUGUAGUUUCUUGAUAACGGGAACUAAUUUUUAGUUUCAGUUUAUUGAACGGAAAUAGUCCAACAGUUCACGUUCAUAGGAACAACUUAUCAGUUUUUUCGGGCCGAAAGUACAAUUGUUUUUGAAUAAGAAACAGUAAAAUAAGAGAGCACUCAGAAUGACAAUGUAUUCAUGGAACAAACAUUUAAAAAGAGCCAGUAUACUAACAGAACACUCAGAAUGAGAGUAUGAACAUUUUCUCGUUCAAAACUACAACUGUAGUUCCCGUUCGAAGGUACUAGAACUGAUGAGUUCGUUUCUAUGAAUGUGAUCUGUUGGAUUGUUCCUAGUUCAGAAACGGAAACCAAAAAACAGUACUUGACUUGUUAACAAUAAACUUGAACUGAAAAUUAAUGUCCGUUGAACGAACAGAAUCCGCUAAUUUGUCGCAGACCUAGUUAAAAACUUCACAAUUUACAGAGAUAAACAAAAACCUAUCAAAAUUCAACUGUUUAAAGAGUUAUAUAUUCACACGAGAUUCAUAAUGUUUUUUUUUUUAUCUCUUAUAAAAACAAUAACUGAUAAAAUAUAAAUUAUUAUUUUCAGGUUAAUUUAUCAUGGAAAAGUGAGGGUUCUAAACGUGUUCAAUUUCGUGCCGAUUAUCGUCGAGCAGUUCGUGGUGAAACAUCAGAAUAUCGUGUUGUCAAUGUUGAUGUUGUCUAUAUUAAAACUGAUUUACCAUUACAAUUUGUUCAUUUUUCACCUGAUAGUCGAGAUGGUGAUCAUGAUCAAAAUUUUACUGUUCAAUGUUUUGGUAGUAUUCCAUUAAAUUGUACAGUAAAUUUUGGUGAUGGUGGUAAACAAUCAAAAGGCACUAAUCAUCAUCAAUAUUAUACAUCUCAUUUUACACAUAAAUAUACAAAAUAUGGAAAACAUAAUGUUACUGUUAAAUGUUUUAAUGAACGAAGUACAAAUACGACACAAUUACCACGAACAAUUAUUCGAAAAAAUAUUACAGGAAAAAAUAUUAUAAAAAAAAUGUUAAUGCAAGAUGAUACAAAACGUUUUACAGUUUUAUCACUUGAUGAUUAUUCUUUUACAUCAUCAAAUUGUUUAAAAUUAUAUAAUGUUAUAACAAAUAAAUCUUUAGAUGUUAUUAAGAGACGAAAAUUACUUGAAGUUGUAUCAGAUGAGAAUUUAGAUCGUGGAAUGCAUUUUUAUCAAUUGAAAUGUGAUGAUAUACCAUUACAACCAUAUCAAUUUUAUGUUGAAAAUCGUAUAACUGAUUUAGAUAUUGAAAUAUCUCAAUCACCAGUUAAAAGUGGUCAAAUUGUUGAAUAUACCGUUAGUUUAGCUCCAACAUUUGAUGUUAUGUUUAUUUUUAAUUGUGGUCAAGAAAUAAAAGUAAAUAAUACAUUACAAAUAUUUUAUGUUAAUAAAAUUGAUGAAAAAUAUCGUUUAAUUAUUCAAUGUAAAUAUGAUACACCUGGUCAAUAUAGUCCCAUGAUUAGUGCAUCAAAUAAAGUAAGUGUAUUUAAUCAAACAACAAAAAUUGAUGUUGAAGAACCUAUUCCACCCUAUCAUGUUGAAGUUGAAAAUCGUAAAGAUAUAACACAAGUAACAUUAGUAACAAUUCGUGCAAAAGAACGUAUACCAUUUCAUGGUAUUAUUUCAUUAACAAUAUUUAGUUCAAUAUCAAAUAUAACAAAAAAUGAAACAAUUCAAUUAUCUCUAUCAAAUAAUUUUACUGAUUAUUUUUAUUUAAAUAUAACAACAUAUGGAUAUCAAACAUUACUUGUUAAAGGUGGUGAAUUUCCAACAAUACGUGAAGCAUCAACAAAAUUUUCAAUUGGUACAGAUUUAACAUCAGUACAAACAUAUUUAAUUAAUAAUUAUAUAUCAAUAAAUGAUAAUGAUAAUAAUUUAAUAUGGAUUGAUAUACAAUAUUUUGAUGGUAUUGGUUUUAAUACAGAAAUAAAUAUGGGUAAUGGAAAAAUAAUUACACUCUAUUAUGGUAUACUUAUAAAUAGUCCAAUGAAUAAAAUUAAACAAUUUGAUGAUAAUACAUCAUUAAAACGUUUAUCAAAAACACGAUUUCAAAUUGGUUAUCAAUAUCAAAAAGCUGGUACAUAUAAUAUUGAUAUUACAUUUAUAAAUCCAUCAUCAAAAAAAUUAAAAUCAUUAUUAACAUGUUCACAAGUAACAAUUAUUGAUAAACCAUUAGAAACAUCAUCAUGUAUUAAUGAUCAAUUAAUAUAUCUUUAUUCAGAUAAUGCUGUUAAUACAACAAUAACAGCUAAAACACCUGUUUUAUUAUUACCAUUUAAUAAAAAACAUAUAUUAAUUCCAAAAUUACCAUCAAUAUGUAAUAGUGAAACAUUUUCCUAUUCAUUUUAUUUAAUUAAUACUGAUCCAUUAAAUUGGAAAUAUUCUCAACGUUUAAAUCGUUUAUCAUCAACAAAUCGUAGUAUUUAUACAGAUGAAUAUCUUUCAUAUUAUUGUUCAAAUAUAGGUAAAACAAAAUCAUUAAUUAUUGAACCAAAAUCAUUACAAUAUGGUUAUUAUUUUAUUCAAAUAACAAUUGUUUCAACAAUAAAUCCAUCAAUUUAUCGUGAAAUUAUUCAACCAAUUGAAAUUGUAAAAUCAGAUUUAAAUACAAGUUUUGGUAGUUUAAUAGCAAAUAAUUUAAAUGGAACAGGUGGAACAGAAACAAUUUCAGAUGAUGAAGAUAUAACAAUUAAUUUUUGGUCAAAAACAAAUGAUCCAGAUGAUGAAACAAAUGAUAAACGAAAAUUAAAUUUUACACUUAUUUGUUAUUUACCAUCAGAAGCACAAAAUUUAUUUCCAGAUGAUAUUUUAUUAGGUAAUACAAGACCAUCAGAAAAUAAUAUACAUAAUUUAUUAAAUAUUCGAUGGUCAAAUUUAAGUUUAGUUAUUCGUCCUGAAUUAAAUAUACAAUUAUUUGAACAUCGUUGUUUUUUAAAUAAAAUUGAUUAUCAACAUAUUAUUUAUGAAUCAACAUUAAAAACAUUAAAUAUAAGUGAAAAAUAUUUACAAUUGAAUGAAACACUACAUUUUAUAUUAAUAAUAAGAAGUUUAGAUGGAAGAAUGUUAAUUGUUAAAAAAAUAAUUGAUAAACGAAAUAAUUAUAUAUUUACAAGUGAUUUAAAUGCAAUGGAUGAAGCAAUGAAUAAUUUAGAUAAUUUAGCUGCAACAAAUCCAAAAAAAGCUGUCGAAUUAAUUACUGGAUUAGCUGAUAAAUUAAAUGAAAUGAGUGAAAAUUCUACAAAUAGUACGGAUGCAGAUACAUCAACAAUGAAUGAUCGAAUGGCAACAAUGCGAUCAAAAAUGUUAGCAUCCAUGGAUGUUUUAUUAGAUGUGGUGAGUGAUCCAGGAAUUGUGGCCAAAGCUAUUAAAGCGAGUACACAAGUGACUGCUAACAGUGAUCAAAUGCCAUUGGAUAAUCAAGAAAGAGGAGCUGGUUUAAUAGAAAAAGUUGGAAAUAAAGUUCGUGAUAUGGAAUCAGCUGAUGAAGGCACUGUAACAGAUUUGGCUACUUCGUUAAUGGAUACGGGUAGUAAUGUUCUUCAAGCAGCAUCAAAAACUGUACAAAAAGAUAUUGAAAAAGAUCCAGAUGCAGUAAAAGAGGAACUUGAAUCAAACAUGAAAGAAAGUGAAGCUGAAGAUAAUGAACAAAAAGUGUUAUUUGCUCCAACAGAAUUUUAUAAUUCUUGUGAUGAUUGUGAAGAUUUACCAGAAGAACGAUGGGAAAAAUAUCGAGUUCAAUUGGAUGAAUCGAAACAUCAUAUUAUUGAAGGAAGACAACGAGCUAGUAAUUUGGCAAAACGAAGUUCAACUGGUUUAUUUACUGUUGGUGGUGCAUUAGCAAAUCGUUCAUCUGAAAAUGAUACAAAAUCAGUUGAAGGAAAAUCAAUGGCAAUGACAUUCACAAAACAAUCACCAGAUGGUAAAUCGAGUUUAUUAACCGGUGAUUCAGAAAUUAAAUUACCAUCUCUAACUGAUUUAAUAUCAGAUGGUUCAUCGGAUAUUGUAACAAAAGUUUUAUCAUCAAAAACUAAUCCAUAUGCGAGUACAACAGGAAAUUCAUCGGUCGAAGGAAGUGUUGUUACUAUUAUUUUAACACAUACCAGUGGUGAUGAAAUUCCUGUUCAAAAUACAUCAAAACCAAUUUCACUUUUUCUUAAACGACCACAAGAUAAAAUGCCAGAUAUUCAAGAACAUGAACUUUUUAAUUUAAAUUUUAAAUAUCAUAAAGUUGUUUUACCAGAAAAACAUAUGGCAUUAGCUGUAUAUAUUAAACCAUCAUUGACAAUAGAUUCUUAUAUUAUUUAUGUUAGUCAUGGAAAUGAUUCAGUUGAACCACCAACGGAAUCAAAAUUUAAUUUUAUUUAUACACUUCCAAAUAAUACCAAUAUAUCAUCGAAUCCAAAUAAUAUUGAUGAAUUAAAACAUACAAUAUUUAUGCCACCAUCCGUUCAUCUUGGAAAUGGAACUUAUAUAUUUGGUGUUAGAUUGAAUAGACUUGCUAACUUUACAAACACUACAGCCAAUUCUUAUAAUUCAUCUUAUACAAUCUCAAUGUAUGUGUCUACUUGUCAAUAUUGGGAUGAAAAACAACUUGUUUGGAGUAAAGAUGGUUGUCAGGUUGGCCCACAAACAACAACGAAAUCAACACAAUGUUUAUGUACUCAUUUGACAACAUUUGGCAGUGAUUUUUAUGUACCACCAAAUACAAUUAAUUUUAAAACAGUUUGGGCUAAUUUUAGAAAAUUAAAUGAAAAUGCUGCUGUUUUUGCUACAGUUAUUUCAAUAUUAGGAGUAUAUAUUAUAGCUGCUAUUUGGGCACGACGAAAAGAUAAAAAAGAUAUUAUUAAAUGGACAGCUACACCACUUGUCGAUAAUUUACCAAUUGAUGUUUAUCAUUAUCUACUAACAGUUCAUACGGGUAUUGUAAAAGAUGCUGGUACAACAUCCAAUGUUACAUUUGUUAUAUCAGGUGAAACUUCUGAUAGUGGUGUAAGAAAAUUAACUGAUGGAAAACAAAAAGUAAUGAGUGUUGAAUCACCAUUAGGUCCAUUGAUGUAUCUUCGAGUAUGGCAUGAUAAUUCUGGACAUAAAGCAGAUGCAUCAUGGUAUUUGAAUAUGAUAAAUGUGAUGGAUUUACAAACGGGAGAAAAGAGUUAUUUUAUUUGUGAUAAUUGGUUAGGAGUAGAGAAAGGUGAUGGUAUGGUAGAUCGUGUUGUAUCCGUAGCAUCUGUAACUGAAUUAAAAAGUUUUACGCAUUUAUUUACACAAUCGGUAAAAAAGAAAUUUAGCGAUGGUCAUUUAUGGUUUUCAGUAUUUUCACGUCCCGUUCGAAGUAAUUUCACACGAUUACAGCGUAUUUCAUGUUGUAUAUCACUCUUAUUUUGUACAAUGAUAUCAAAUGCAAUGUUUUAUAAAGCUGAAAAUAAAGCAGAAAAAGGCGUUGUUUUACAAUUGGGUCCAAUACGAUUUACACUUACACAACUAUGGAUAAGUUUUAUUGGAACAUUGAUUGUUUUACCCGUUAAUUUAAUUAUUGUGACAUUAUUUCGAAAAGCAAAAUAUAAUCAACGAGCAUUAAUGACAAAAACUAAUAAUAACAACUUAU